UAAAAAUAGGUGGAAGCUGUAAAGUGUAAAUGAUACUAGCAGCCAAAAAGAGUUAAAAUCCCUAAACCAAAGGACAGGAGAUUUUGACAUUCAUUCCAAGAACAGGGAGAAUCUGCUGUCUGGAAUGGAUAUGGCCGUGUUGCUUCCCAAUCCUUGCUCCCGCUCCCGCACGCUUCUUUCACUUUCAUCCCCCCUCCAUUCUCCAAGAAUCAACAGCCGCUCUGCUCGAAUUACAUGCUUCUCCACCCCGUCUGAUUCUUCUGUGGAAGUGGAACCAAUUGAAUUGAAGCCUCUAAGAAAAGAAUAUGUACCUGGUGGGCUUGAUGAUAUCUUCUUGAACUUGUUUCGCAGCAAAAUGGCGGGGGAAAUUGGGUGGGACUCCGAAAAGCCUGGCUAUGAUGGAUUGAUUGAUACGGCUCACCGGAUGAUGGCUGGCCGAUCCAACGCUGAAGCAACAAACGCCGCGGUGAGGAUAUUAAGAUCACUGUUUCCUCCUUUGUUGUUGGACCUGUAUAAAAUGCUCGUCUCACCUAUUGCAGGAGGCAGAGUAGCAGCAGAGAUGGUAGCAAGGGUGACUGUGGUUACAUGUCAGUGGCUAAUGGGAACCUGUACAGUUAACUCUGUGGAUCUGCCUGAUGGAUCUUCAUGGUCUAGUGGGGUAUUUGUUGAGAAAUGCAAGUACUUGGAGGAGAGCAAGUGUGUGGGAGUAUGUGUCAAUACUUGUAAGCUUCCUACACAGGUUGGUAUGUAUGCAUGUUCAUCAGUAAGUGCAAGAUCAUUGAGUUGUUGCUUCAUGACCUUUUUCAAGGAAUACAUGGGAGUUCCUUUGGUGAUGGAGCCAAACUUGAGUGAUUAUAGCUGUCAGUUCAAGUUUGGGGUGCUCCCUCCUCGGCCGGAAGAAGACAGUGUGCUGAAGGAGCCAUGCCUGCAAAUAUGCCCCACUGCCAUUCGCCGUCAACAAAUACCUGUAAAAGCAAGCAUGGAACAACCCUCCAACUCCAAAUGCCCAAAGGCUUGAUCCAUCAUCUUCAUCUUCAUCUUCAUUUAUCAUACACAACCUGCAUAGUUUCAGGGCAUCUGUCUCCUAAUUCUUGUUUUUUCCUGGCGAGUGCAAUAGCUACUAAAAUUUUAGCCACCAAGAUGGAACAUUGAUUAUGAAUAACAUCAUCUGCUUCUCCCCUAUCUUCAUUUGUUCUUUGCACCAUUUUCGUUCUUUUUUCCUUUUUUGUUUGUUAAUCGCAAUUUGUACUAACCACGAAUCUGAUCAUUCGCAUUUAUAUUUAUAACCUUGAUGUAAAGCA